AUUCGCAUCGUCUCUCUCGAGAGCGAAGAGAGAAGAUUUCUAGUAAUCUUCCUUUCAAAACAGACAUAACAGAAUAUUAUACAUAAAACUCAUAUAUACACUCUUAAAUCUUGAUAAAUCUACAUAAAUCAAUUUCAAAACCCUAGAAGUCGAAAUUUUCAAUUGGAAACCCUAACCAAUCAGUUAAAGUGUGUUGAUUCGGUGAUUUAACGAUCGGAACGCAGUCAUGGAUAUGCGAUUUCCGUUCUCGCCGGCUGAGGUGGCCAAAGUUCGUAUGGUCCAGUUCGGAAUACUCAGUCCCGACGAAAUUAGACAAAUGUCAGUUGUGCAUAUCGAGCACGGUGAAACGACUGAGAGAGGGAAGCCGAAGCCGAGUGGUUUAAGUGACCCGAGGCUUGGGACUAUUGACCGGAAAAUGAAGUGCGAGACUUGUAUGGCUAAUAUGGCUGAGUGUCCGGGUCAUUUCGGUCACUUGGAGCUUGCCAAACCGAUGUUUCACAUUGGUUUUCUCAAGACUGUGCUCAGUAUUAUGCGGUGUGUUUGCUUUAAUUGCUCCAAAAUCCUUGCUGAUGAGGAGGAUUAUAAAUUUAAGCAAGCUCAGAAAAUCAGGAAUCCAAAAAAUAGACUUAAAAAGAUUUUAGAUUCCUGCAAGAGCAAAACUAAGUGUGAGGGUGGUGAUGAAAUAGAGUCCCAAAGCCAGGAUACUGAUGAACCACUUAAGAAGAGUAGGGGAGGUUGUGGUGCUCAACAGCCAAAGAUUACUAUUGAAGGUAUGAAAAUGAUAGCUGAAUACAAGAUCCAGAAAAAGAAAAAUGACGAUCCGGAACAGCUACCUGAGCCUGUUGAAAGGAAACAACAGCUUUCCGCCGAGAGGGUGCUAAAUGUGCUUAAGCGGAUAAGUGAUGAAGAUUGCAUGUUACUGGGCUUAAAUCCGAAGUAUGCACGCCCGGAUUGGAUGAUCCUGCAAGUUCUUCCAAUCCCUCCUCCUCCGGUCAGACCUUCUGUAAUGAUGGAUACUUCUGCUCGGAGUGAGGAUGAUUUAACACAUCAGCUGGCAAUGAUUAUCAGACACAAUGAGAAUCUAAGGAAGCAGGAGAGAAAUGGAGCUCCUGCUCACAUAAUUUCUGAAUUUGCUCAGUUGUUGCAGUUUCAUGUUGCAACAUAUUUUGACAAUGAGCUUCCUGGGCAGCCGAGGGCUACCCAGAGGUCAGGGCGUCCAAUUAAAUCAAUUUGCAGCAGGCUUAAAGCUAAGGAGGGUCGUAUUAGAGGAAAUUUAAUGGGGAAGCGUGUCGAUUUCUCUGCACGAACAGUUAUCACACCUGAUCCGACUAUCAAUAUCGAUCAACUUGGAGUGCCAUGGAGUAUAGCUUUAAAUUUAACUUACCCAGAGACUGUAACCCCUUAUAACAUUGAAAGGCUGAAGGAACUUGUUGAAUAUGGUCCUCAUCCCCCUCCUGGGAAAACUGGUGCCAAAUACAUUAUUAGAGAAGACGGUCAGAGGCUUGAUCUCCGCUACUUGAAGAAAAGUAGUGAUCAUCAUUUAGAACUUGGAUACAAGGUUGAGCGACACUUGAAUGAUGGAGAUUUUGUUUUGUUUAAUCGGCAACCAAGUCUUCACAAGAUGUCUAUUAUGGGGCAUCGAAUUAAAAUCAUGCCAUAUUCAACCUUCCGGCUGAAUCUAUCGGUCACUUCACCGUAUAAUGCUGAUUUUGAUGGAGAUGAGAUGAAUAUGCAUGUUCCACAGUCAUUUGAAACUAGGGCAGAAGUUUUGGAGUUGAUGAUGGUACCCAAAUGCAUCGUGUCUCCACAGGCAAAUCGACCAGUUAUGGGUAUUGUGCAGGAUACACUUCUAGGGUGCCGUAAGAUAACCAAGAGAGAUACCUUUAUUGAGAAGGACGUCUUUAUGAACAUUCUUAUGUGGUGGGAGGAUUUUGAUGGCAAAGUACCCGCGCCUGCCAUUUUGAAGCCUAGACCGCUUUGGACAGGAAAGCAAGUGUUUAAUCUUAUCAUCCCCAAGCAGAUAAAUCUUAUGAGGCAAUCAGCGUGGCAUGCUGAUGGUGAAACUGGACAUAUAACACCAGGAGAUACUCAGGUUCGAAUAGAGAAGGGGGAAGUCAUUACUGGUACACUUUGCAAGAAGACCCUAGGAGCUUCAACAGGAAGUCUUAUCCAUGUCAUCUGGGAGGAAGUUGGCCCAGAUGCUGCGCGCAAAUUCUUAGGACACACACAAUGGCUUGUAAACUACUGGCUUCUGCAGCAGGGUUUCAGCAUUGGUAUAGGAGAUACCAUAGCAGACGCAGCAACAAUGGAAAAAAUUAAUGAAACUAUUUCUACUGCUAAGAAUGCAGUCAAAGAAUUAAUUAGAUCAGCACAAGAUAAGGAUUUAGAACCGGAGCCUGGUCGCACUAUGAUGGAAUCAUUUGAGAACAAAGUUAAUCAGGUCUUGAACAAGGCUCGAGAUGACGCUGGAAGCAGUGCUGAAAAAAGUUUAUCAGAGAGUAACAAUUUGAAGGCAAUGGUUACAGCUGGGUCAAAAGGAAGUUUUAUUAAUAUAUCACAAAUGACUGCUUGUGUGGGACAGCAGAAUGUUGAGGGGAAGCGAAUUCCAUACGGAUUCAUUGAUCGAACACUUCCUCAUUUCACCAAGGAUGAUUAUGGACCUGAAAGUCGUGGUUUUGUGGAGAACUCUUAUCUACGAGGACUAACCCCACAAGAAUUCUUUUUUCAUGCUAUGGGAGGUCGUGAAGGUCUGAUAGACACAGCAGUCAAGACAUCUGAGACAGGUUAUAUCCAAAGGAGGCUAGUAAAAGCUAUGGAAGAUAUUAUGGUCAAGUAUGAUGGUACUGUCAGGAAUUCACUAGGGGACGUGAUCCAAUUUCUUUAUGGGGAGGAUGGUAUGGAUGCUGUUUGGAUCGAGUCUCAGAAACUGGAUUCCCUUAAAAUGAAAAAGAAUGAAUUUGACAAGGUUUUUAGGUAUGAGAUUGAUGAUGGUAACUGGAAUCCAAGUUACAUGCUUCCAGACCACGUAGAGGAUUUAAAAACAAUCCGAGAGUUCCGUAAUGUGUUUGAUGCCGAAGUCCAGAAGCUCGAGGCAGACAGAUUCCAGCUUGGUACAGAGAUCACCACAACUGGUGAUAACACCUGGCCUAUGCCUGUGAAUCUUAAGAGGCUUAUUUGGAAUGCACAGAAAACGUUCAAGGUUGAUUUGAGAAGACCUUCUGAUAUGCAUCCAAUGGAGAUUGUCGAAGCUGUUGAUAAGCUUCAGGAAAGACUGAAGGUUGUCCCUGGUGAUGAUUUGAUGAGCAUGGAAGCUCAGAAAAAUGCAACCCUCUUUUUUAAUAUUCUUCUUCGCAGUACAUUUGCAAGUAAGAGAGUAUUAAAAGAGUACAGAUUAACUCGGGAGGCAUUUGAUUGGGUCAUUGGUGAAAUAGAGUCACGUUUUCUGCAGUCGCUUGUAGCACCAGGAGAAAUGAUUGGCUGUGUUGCUGCUCAGUCUAUUGGUGAGCCUGCUACUCAAAUGACUCUCAACACUUUUCACUAUGCUGGUGUGAGUGCAAAGAAUGUGACACUUGGUGUUCCAAGGUUGCGGGAAAUUAUAAAUGUUGCCAAAAAGAUUAAAACUCCAUCAUUAUCUGUCUACUUGAAGCCUAAUGUCAGCUCUUCAAAAGAAAAGGCUAAGAAUGUACAGUGUGCUUUGGAGUAUACUACUUUGCGAAGUGUGACCCAAGCUACUGAAGUAUGGUAUGAUCCAGAUCCCAUGAGCACCAUUAUAGACGAGGAUGUUGAUUUUGUCAAGUCGUAUUAUGAAAUGCCAGAUGAAGAAAUUGAUCCAGAUAAAAUUUCCCCUUGGCUACUCCGUGUGCAGCUGAAUCGGGAAAUGAUGAUUGACAAGAAGUUGAGCAUGGCGGAUAUCGCUGAGAAAAUCAAUCUUGAGUUUGAUGAUGAUCUAACCUGCAUAUUUAAUGAUGAUAAUGCUGACAAAUUGAUUCUUCGAAUACGCAUAAUGAAUGACGAGGCUCCUAAAGGUGAAUUGCAAGAUGAAUCUGCGGAAGAUGAUGUUUUUCUCAAGAAAAUCGAGAGCAAUAUGCUCACAGAAAUGGCCCUACGUGGCAUUCCUGACAUCAACAAGGUUUUCAUCAAACAGCAGAAAACAAACAGAUUUGAUGAAAAUAAUGGAUUUGUGACUGAGCCUGAGUGGAUGCUAGACACUGAAGGAGUUAAUCUCUUGGCUGUUAUUUGUCAUGAAGAGGUUGAUGCACGAAGGACGACUAGCAAUCACUUGAUUGAAGUGAUUGAAGUUCUGGGGAUUGAAGCAGUUCGCAGGUCCUUACUGGAUGAGUUGCGAGUGGUUAUAUCUUUUGAUGGAUCUUAUGUAAAUUACAGGCACUUGGCUAUCCUCUGCGAUACCAUGACAUACCGUGGUCACCUGAUGGCCAUCACUCGUCAUGGAAUUAAUAGGAAUGACACAGGUCCAAUGAUGAGAUGUUCAUUUGAGGAAACAGUUGACAUUCUCCUUGAUGCUGCAGUUUAUGCAGAAACAGAUUACCUGAGAGGUGUUACUGAAAAUAUCAUGUUGGGUCAACUGGCACCAAUUGGCACUGGAGACUGUUCUUUGUAUUUAAAUGAGAAGAUGUUGAAACAAGCUAUUGACAUUCAGCUUCCUAGUUACAUGGACGGUCUGGACUUUGGCAUGACUCCAGCCCGGUCGCCAAUCUCGGGCACCCCAUAUCAUGAUGGAAUGAUGUCACCAAACUACAUGCUAAGCCCAAACCUUCGGCUGUCACCCAUUACUGAUGCACAAUUUUCUCCCUAUGUUGGUGGCAUGGGAUUUUCUCCUGCAUCUUCUCCAAGUUAUAGCCCCUCUUCACCUGGGUACAGCCCCUCCUCUCCUGGGUACAGCCCUGCCUCUCCUGGGUACAGCCCCGCCUCUCCUGGGUAUAGCCCUGCUUCACCUGGUUAUAGCCCCAGCUCACCAACAUAUAGUCCAAGCUCUCCAGGAUAUAGUCCUAGUAGCCCUACAUAUUCACCGACAAGUCCAUCCUACUCCCCUACCUCCCCCAGCUACAGCCCCACCUCCCCCAGCUACAGCCCCACCUCCCCAAGCUACAGCCCGACCUCCCCAAGCUACAGCCCCACCUCACCUGCCUACAGCCCCACCUCACCUGCUUACAGCCCCACCUCUCCGUCCUACAGCCCCACCUCUCCAUCCUACAGCCCGACCUCUCCGUCCUACAGCCCGAGCUCCCCGUCCUACAGCCCAACCUCCCCAUCCUACAGUCCAACCUCCCCAUCAUACAGCCCAACCUCACCUUCAUACAGUCCAACUUCUCCAUCAUAUAGUCCUACUUCUCCUGCAUACAGUCCCACAUCGCCGAGCUACAGUCCCACAUCUCCAAGCUAUAGUCCUACAUCUCCAAGCUACAACCCUUCAUCUGCAAAGUACAGCCCCUCCCUGGCAUAUUCCCCGAGCAGUCCAAGACUAUCACCAUCCAGCCCGUACAGUCCGACAUCCCCCAGUUACAGCCCUACUUCACCCUCUUAUUCCCCUACAUCUCCAUCCUAUUCCCCUUCAAGUCCAACAUACAGCCCCAGCAGUCCCUAUAAUUCUGGUGCUAGCCCGGAUUAUAGUCCAAGUUCACCACAGUACAGUCCAAGUGCUGGGUACUCACCGAGUGCACCUGGAUAUUCACCAUCCUCGACCAGCCAGUUUUCUCCUCAGGCUAGCAACAAGAAGAGCAACAAGGAAAAUGGGAAGUGAAAAACAGUUCUAUCUGCUGUAGUGUUUAUUACCAGAAUGUUUGCAUCAUAAAUCUGUUGAAGAACAGAGUGUAUUUAUUUGAAUUUUGUUCUGGACAUGCUUCCUUUGAAUUUCUAUAAUAACUUUUCAUUUAGCAGUGCA